AAUGCUGAAAAAUCACAAAAUAUCACCAAUAACUUUUUACGCUGGACUGGAAACUGACUUAAGAAUAACUUUAGAAAAAAUUAUGAUGAAGAUGACGCAUGUGAAAAAAAAAGAUGAGACAAACUUAAAUACUGUACCGUAUUUCCAGCAUGUUUUCUAUGUUGUUUUUCAUUGUUUGGUGAAAAACCAAACUGGCAGUCUUAGUUUAACUGUUGCUCUUUUAGUUAAGUCAUUUUGUUUUGUUGCACUUCUUCUGCAAUGAUCUAAUGGGCCCCAAAUGGAAUGGAGAAUUAGCACCACCAAAUUAGCGCCGUCUUGACAUCCAAACUCCUAACAUUUUCAUAAUGCCAGUGGAUGUAAAUGCUCAUAAAUGAGAAUUUAUUUUUUGCAGAUUUUUGGAAAUUCAGUUACAAUUUGUACUACUUUUGGAUGGUAAUCUAGAAUCCCCCUUAGGAACUUUACCUUUAGGAUCACAUCAAUGAUGCCUGACAUUCCUGUGGAGCCUUAGGGCACCCUCAAGAAUGCUUAAGAUCCUUGGGGCUCCAUGAAGCACCCCUUAACCACUGCCAUGAACCCCCUUAAAAUCCCUAAUCCCAUCAAGAACCCCUGCAUAAGAAUUAUUUCUACAGAAUUCGAAUCAUGUGAAUUGAACCCUUUCUCGUUUUCUGACCACACUGUGGAGCCCCCUGCCAAAUCCCUUGUGCAUCCUUGAAGGACCCCUGGGUGGCCCUCAGACCCCACUUUUAGAGCCCUGAGGUGGUGAAACCUAAGGUCCCAUGGCCUGUCCCCGCACUGCAUCUUGCUUUGCCUCGCUCUGCUGUCACGACGACGUUGCUGUCACUGAGCAGCUCACAGCUCACAGGACUCAGGAUUUAUUUUUGGACUGCCAUGGCGUCUGAUCCUUCCAUUUGUAGGAAGGGGGGUCGAGUUGGGCUCAACAUGAACCUGCCGUUCUGACACUCCAGGCUGGGACAAGCAGGCAGCAACCGGCCGGCCACCCCCCAAGCAGCAGUUACACAGGACGAACUUGAAUCAAUGUUCUCUCCUGUCAAGGGGAACCUGCUUGGAGCGCUUUGAACAUCAGAAACAAGUUUUUACCUGGAAACUGAAGUGCUCAUGGCGGUCGCUUACGGUGCUGUCACCCAGCCAGGCCUGUUUUCCCAGCAGUACCCUCCCCCCCUGCUGCCCAAGCCUGGAAAGGACAACCUUCGGCUUCAGAAGCUCCUCAAGAGGACCGCCAAGAAAAAGGCCUCUGCUCAGGCUUCGCAGAACGCCGGACCUUUCCGCUCCAGCCUCUCGCCUGUGAACGAAGCAAGCCCUGACCUCGAGCGCAGUGACCACUCCACUCCGCCCAGGACUCCAGAGACACCGUUCAGCUUCUACAGCGUCCAGCAGCCUCCACGGAUCACCAUCAGGCCGCUGUAUCAACAUGUCGCGUCCCCUUACCCGCAGCGCGCAGCUUAUGGUAGAGCAGCAAGGUUCUCGCCUCAGUUGGUGGCAACCCCAUCGUACUCUUACUCGCAACAUGUCACAACAGUUCCUUCGUAUUCUGCAGCGACCCACCCCCCUGGAGUCUCACCAACUCCGGGGCCAGUGGUCCAGCUGGCAGGACCCAAAAGAUCUCUGCAAGCUUCCUCUCUGUCUGAGGCGACAGCACCAGUUGUUGAAGUGAAAAGGCCAGCUUUUAGCACAUUUCCUGAAACUCAUCCUAGUCUAAGACCUGUUACAGCGGUGGCAACCACACAGCCAAAACCCAUAAGUCCCGGUCCGACUCCUUAUCCAACAACAGGAGGUCAAGCUUUGAUUCGACCUCUCGUUGUGUUGACCCCGCUCGUCAGAACCAAAAGUCCUCGCCCAACAUUCAAAGCAACUGAACCCUCAAGAUCACCCAAACCAAUGUUUGAUGUCCCUCAAAUUAGGAUGUACACUGCAAGCACAUCGUAUUAUGAGACAUCCAGGACUCCGCCGGUGUAUGACACAGCUGGAUUAACUGCUAUUGGCAGCACGAUGUCUCAGCCUCCUUCAUUAGGCACAGAUCCCCAUAGAAAAACACCAACUUUAGAAAUUAAAAGAGGCACUACGCCAACAGCAGAAAUUAAUACAGUCAUUAUUCCUGCAUCUGAAAUAAAAAGAACCACUCCAACAUCUGAACUCAAAAGAGCAACUCCAACAUUUGAAAUAACAAGAGCCACUCCAACAUCUGAACUCAAAAGAGCAACUCCAACAUUUGAAAUAACAAGAGCCACUCCAACAUCUGAAAUAAAAAGAGCAACUCCAACAUUUGAAAUAACAAGAGCCACUCCAACAUCUGAAAUAAAAAGAGCAACUCCAACAUCUGAACUCAAAAGAGCAACUCCAACAUCUGAACUCAAAAGAGCCACUCCAACAUCUGAACUCAAAAGAGCAACUCCAACAAUUGAAAUAACAAGAGCCACUCCAACAUCUGAACUCAAAAGAGCCACUCCAACAUCUGAACUCAAAAGAGCAACUCCAACAUCCGAAAUAACAAGAGCAACUCCGACAUCUGAACUCAAAAGAGCAACUCCAACAUCUGAAAUAACAAGAGCAACUCCGACAUCCGAAAUAACAAGAGCAACUCCAACAUCCGAAAUAAAAAGAGCAACUCCGACAUCUGAACUCAAAAGAGCAACUCAAACAGAAAUAAAAAUAGUUACUUCAACAUCUGAAAGAGCUAAAACACCAACUUAUGAGAUACAAAUAUCAAGAAUUUCAGCAGGGCGGCCUAAAACCCCAGCAUACCAUCUGACCCGGGCUCCAACCCCCGUCUUUGAAAUCUCAAGACCCAAUCCUCUUUUGUUUGCAGUGUCGCCUGUCAAAACUGAGACAGAAAGGUCAGGAAUACCCAAAAUGGUGUCUGCUAUGAGCAGUUCAUCUGCUUCCCAAACUGUGGAGACUACUGAGCCCAAGCCUACUGAAACGAUACUGAAUGGAGACAUUCAUUCAGACAUGACAUAUGCAGCUAAACCAAUCCAACAAAUUAUUAAAAAGUCAAAAUCAGAGCCUGAUCUGGUAAGAGAAAAGCUCCCAACUGCUCCAGCUGGCUCACAAAGACCUAAAACUCCUACAUUUGAGCCAACAACACCAGUAGUGACUUCUUUUGGCUUUCAGAGGUCUAAGACUCCAACAUACGAGGCAUCGCGACUUAUGGCCACAUUACCUAGCUAUAAAAGACCAAGGACACCUACAUAUGGGACAUCACUUUCUGGUGUAUCACCUGUAGCCUUUCAGAGACCUAAAACCCCAACCCAACUGGCUCACAAAUCAAAGUCUUCCUAUCGUGGAUUGACACCAGCUGAAUAUGCCGCUUAUGGUGGAAUCAAAACUUACUCUCCAGCAUUUGGUAUCACAAGUUCUAAAACGGUAACUCAAGAGGAGGUUAAAGCUACAAAAGAGGAAUCGGUAGAGUUUAAAACAACCAGCGAAGAACCGUCCGUGAAGGCACAUCCUACAGCUGAGGUGACUAAAGUCAAAGAAACCCCCAAAGAUGUAGAUAAACCCCAACUGAGAGAUGAGAGUGUUUCUGCCACCCCUUCAAUCCCUAUUAUUGUUGUUUCCCAAGCAUCUGACACCUCAGCAACAACAGUAACACAAGAGACAAGCAAGGUAUCCAGUCAGGUUGCGGCAAAACAAGAACAAAGUGUGGUUCAAGAAACACCAAAGGCUAAACCUCCAACAGCAGAGGGUAAAACUCCUGAGAAGGAGAAGAAAACUCAGAAGGUGGAAACACCAGUUCAAGAAGUCGCCAAACCAAAAGCAAAAACUCCUGAAGCCAAACAUCCUCCACCCAAAGCUGAUGACCAGGAUCCUCUGAAGGCAGUAAGAAAACUUUUAGGCAAAGUCCAGACAGGGACGACUGAGACAAAAGUCUCUGAGCAAAAAGAACCAGCAAAACCUAAAACUCCCCCCAAGCCUAAAAUUGAAGGCUCAAAGCCAAGUACUGCAGUGCCUGCUCUGCCGGUGAAGGUUCCUGCUGAAUCAAAAGCAAUCGAAGACAAAGGAAAAGAUAAGAAAGCAGAAAUAUCUUCAGCAGUUAAAUCUACACCUAUGAAAAAGGAAGGUGACAAGGUCCUCCUAGAAGCCGAGCCCCUUCUUAAAGUCAUAAAAAAACCAAAGGGACUGAAAUCUAACCUGAGCGGUUGGUCCCGACUCAAGAAGCACAUGGUGGUGGAGCAGGAGGAGCCCAAAUUUCCAGAGAUGGACCCUCAGAAGGAGGCCACUGAGCAGGACCAGAAAGAGGAGAAAAAGGUGGACGACAAGGCUGUCAAAAAGCCUGACGAAACACCCGACGCUCAGGACGAGAACCAAACCAAAGACACUCCCAAAGCAACACAGAUGUGGGAUGCCGUCCUCUUCCAGAUGUUUUCCACUAAAGAGAACAUCAUGCACCAGAUCGAGUUAAGCAAAACCGAGGAGGAGAAGCAACAAGAGAUAAAGGAUGAGCCCAAAGAGAUACCCUCAUUUGCGUUCCGGUUGCCCGUGCUGCUUUUUAGUCCAAAGUUUGACGCUAAAAGGCUUAAAGAGGCAGCGUCGAGGCCAGUCACGAAAAUUUCAACUGUGUUUGAAAUGGGGCUGAUUGGACGUAAAGGUAAAGACGAGGAACCAAAAGACUUUAAUAGAACAGCGAGGGGUUUCAAUCCUAGUUAAGGUACAGCUAAUGUGAUAUGCCAAGAAGAAAAUGUAAAGAAAAAAUAAGCGAUAUAUGUUUAAUGUACAGGUGCAGAAAUA